AUGGAAAAUACUCCUAGUAGAACACCUUAUACAGUUCAGUAUCAAAAACUUUAUGAUGAUACAGUUUACCCUGGAAGAGUUCCUUCAUCUAAGUAUAAGGAAUCUAAUGAUGAAAAAUUAGCUAGGUUUGCUGCCUAUAUUCUUACAUUUUUUGUUGUAUUAGCUGUAAUUGUUUGUAUUCCUUUAUUGAUUUCUAUUAUUGGUACAGCUUUAGAAAAUUAUAGAGAAACUUCAUCAAUGCCAUUAAAUGAAUCUUUAAUUCAAAUGGAUGAAAAUUGUAAUAUGUCAAAGGAAUUUUAUGAUUAUAUGAAUAGAAAUAUGGAUAAACAAUUUAUUAAUUUUGUUUUACAAUUUAAUAAAUGUUAUAAAAAUAUUGAAGAAAUGAAUGAAAGACAAAAAAUUUUCUUUAAAAAUGUUAAAAGAGAUAAUAAGAUGGUUGAAAAAGCUAAUGUUAAAAUGGGAGUAGAAAAUUUUGAGGUAAAUUAUUAUGCUGAUUGGAGUGAUGAUGAAUUUAAAGAUACUAUGCUUAUGAAAAAACCUAAUAACAAAAUGUCUCCAAAAAGACCAGAAAAUUCAUUUGUUAAAGACUUACCUUCAAACUGGAGAGAAGAAAAAGUUGAGAAAACUGAAGGACCUCUUCCGGAAUACUUUGAUUGGAGAAAGAAAGGAGUAAUUACACCUGUACGUUGUCAAAAAAGAUGUGGAUUAUGUUAUGGAUUUGCUUCUGUUGCUACAAUGGAAGCUAAUUAUGCUAUUGUUUCUGGAAAUUUACGUAAUUUCUCUGAACAAGAAAUUCUUGAUUGUAACUUAGAAAAUAAUGGUUGUAAUGGUGGAGAACCAUAUUUAGUUUACAAGUAUGCUCAUGAUAAUGGUAUGGUUACAGCUGAGGAUUAUCCUUAUGUUGCUCAUAGACAAAAUGUCUGUGCUUUAAAUCCAGAAAGUAAAAGAGCUUACGUCAAAACAGCUUUCUAUCUUCAUCCCGAUGAAGAUUCUAUGCUUGAUUGGCUUUACCAUUAUGGUCCAAUUACUGUUAAUAUUGCAGUUCCAAAAUCAAUGAAACAAUAUACAUCUGGUAUUUAUAGUCCAAAUGACUAUGAGUGUGAAUAUGAAGUUCUUGGUCUUCAUAGUUUAACAGUUGUUGGAUAUGGAACUGAAGUUGAUGGAGAAAAAUAUUGGAUUGUAAAAAAUAGUUGGAAUGGACGUUGGGGUGAAUCUGGAUAUGUUCGUUUCGCCAGAGGAAGAAAUGCUUGUGGAAUCGAGCAUGAACCAAUUGGAAUUAUUAUGGAAGACGGGAUGAGGGCUCAAUAA